UUAAUCGCUCGCCUUUCCUCCACAUACCUUCCUCCCCUUUACUGGGCUUGCCUUCCUCAGCUUUUACUACCAUCUACCUUCCUUUGCCUACCACAUUUACAUCCCCGCCAACCCCCUGCAAAAGUUGAAGACCGUCUAACCAGUUCCCUUCCCUAUUAAAGUUGCACGCCAGGAUUCCCAAAGGCAUCACACAGCUUCUCCAACACUCUGCAGGUCGUAGCUUCUUUCCCCAAAGGCGUCGCACCAGCUUCACUAAACACGGAGUCGCUGGUAGGGGAGCUGCACCCUGCCACCACGGAAUCUCCCAAUUCUUCGGUCGGCUCGUGUUCUGUCGACGAGUUCAAGGUAAACCUUCAAAUUAAAUGGCAACUUCACUUUACAUUGUACAAAAUUGGAAUUCGAUUGAAAACCUGAAGGCCAAUUGAGCUUCAUAUUUUUUUAAUUUAUGGGUAUUUUUGAUGCAAUAGUAUACAUUUACUACUGAUUUGAUUAUUUUGAUAUUUGGGUUAAAAGGUAGGUUUUCAUUAUUUUGAUGCAAUAGUAUCAAUUUUGAUUACUAAAAUUGAAGUCUGUUAUGGUUAGACAGGUUUUUCAUUGCUUAAAAGGUAUGUUUUCAUUGCUUAAGAAUGAUUUUUUCAUUGCUUAAGAAGUCUGAUAGCAGGACUAAACUACUAGUGCGUAUGUUUGAGACCCCUGCAAACAUUUGGGAGAACAUUUGUGUUGAUAGGAACUAAGAAAGUACUACACAUUAGUUUGUAUUUGAAAGAAAACUUGUUUUGGUAUGAGCUAUACAUUUUAUAGUUUGUUAAAAGUGAUCUAUUUAUGAUCUGGGCCAUUAAAACAUGUGUUUUAUUAGGAAUUUGGGCCAUUAAAACAUGAUAUCCUCUUUAUGGGGUUGUCAACUUGUCAUCUAUGCUCAUUCAUUUGCAUGUCAUAUGAAUCCCUGUUGCUUCUUCUUCUUUUUCUCAUACAGUACAUUUUUUAUUUUACUUCUGUUGAGAGGGUGGGAGGUUUGGUCAUAGUAUGGUCAGUUCAUUAGUGUUUAUGAAGGCUAUACAAGUGUUGUUAGAAAUAAGAAUCAGACUUGCAAUAACUACAAAAGUGUAAUGUGGAGUAGUGGGAUAUACAAUGCAGUUGGGCGCUGUAAAGGCAUACCACCAAUAUUGUGGUAUGUUUAGUUCUGCUUGAGGAUCAUUGAUGGAGUUCCAGCGAAUUUACAUUCUCUUAUAUCUUGACAAUCACUAUUUUCUUUAAUUUAAACCCGUGUGUAUCAUUGGUGGAGUAUUUAUUAACGAAGUACCUAUUGAAAUAACGUAUUUACUAUGAUCAGGCUCAAUUACUAUUAAUAGGGACUAGCCAUUUCUAUUGUGUCAACAUUUACUUCUUUCCGUAGUUGGUUCAUUUUCUAGUUUACGUUUUUAUUUUUUGUAAGCAUCACAUUUUGUAUGUCUACGUGAUCUGAAAAGAUAGAGAUAAACUAAUAAAUUACAGCAGCAAGAGCAAGUCUAGAGUGCAGUAGAGGCUUCACAUUCCUGAUUAUGCUUUGGAAGCUUUAUCCUAUUUUAUCAGCAGAUUUCGUCAAAGAUGUUUCCAGCAAAUGGGAAUUAUUAUGUCUCUUUAUAAAAUGAUUUUGUAGUAUUGAAAACCACGUAUAUAUUUCACUGAUACCAUACAGUCCUAUAUUCACUAUUGUUUCCCUACUACGCUCUUUUUAUUACAUUUUUUGGUAUUAUUCAAGUGAGUGUCCAAAUUUGUUGUGGUAGAUGAGUUUAACUCAAGAUGAAAAGGAUGACGCCAUAUGGCCCGAUGAGAAAGAGACUUUAUUCUUGACUGUGCUAUAUGAAAGGGUAAAAAAAGACCCUAAUGGGAAUCCAACAUUUAAGGGCGGCGAGAUUGGAAUGAUAUGGAUAGUGAAAUGUUGAUCCGCGGUCAUUAUCAAUAUGGUAGUGACAGGCUACGAGGGAAAUACAAUAGGUUGGAGAUCAUACAUAGACAAUUUAGUCAAUUAUUGGCUCAUACUGGCGUUACAUAUGAUUCCAGUAGGAAUGUUGUAUAUGCCACAGAGGAAUGUUGGCAGAAAUUUUACAAGUUGAACAUGGGCUUUAGGACCUUUAAAAGGAAGGGUUGCAAGAACUAUCCAUUAAUGAAUCUUGUUUUCGGACAAGGGAGUGCAAGUGGAGGACUUGCUACUCCUUCGACCCAAGUACCCACACUUUCAGAUGAGGAAAGAAGAAAUGAGAAGAUAUUCUUAAAUGGCGAGGGGGGCAUGAGCUCUGACAGAUCACACUCAAAAGGGAAACGCAAAGCUGACGAAGCGAUGACAUCCACCAAUAAGGAUUGGAAAACUGUUUUGGCGAAUGCAGUGCACGCAUACACGACAACAAUGAGUGAAAAGGAAAAGAGGCGCCGUACUCGAGAUGAAGAUGUUAGCACCACAUCUACCGCUGCAGCGGGCAAUUUUUCUAUGACCCGAUGCGUUGAAGUCAUAAAUGCUAUGCCCAACCGGGUCAAGUCAGACCCGACCGGGUCAAGUAAGGGACCCGACCGGGUUUGGUCUAAAUCAGAUUUUUCCAAAUCUUUGUGAUCUUCAGCAUGUUCUGGUGUUCCGGGUCAUAUCUGACCCGACCGGGUCGAGUAAGGGACCCGACCGGGUCUUACUUUUUCUUCUUAGAUCCGGUCUUCAACUGACCCGACCGGGUUCAAGGUCUGACCCGGUCGGGUUUUUGUGCUCCUGGGUAUUUUUGUCUUCAUCUUUUCUUCCCUUUUCCUUGCUACAAACUCUAUCACUAUUCUAUAACUACGAAAAGAAGGAGAAAACAAUUACAAACAAAAUAAAACAAGUACUUACAAACUAACUAAAAGCGAUGGAAAAUCCACACCCAAUCAACAUAAAAACAUACAUUUAUGCACUAUAAACUAGUGCAUAUCAGCUUCCAAACAAAAGACGGUUCACGGUAGACAUUCAACGGUGACUCAAAAUGUCAUGGCAGCUUGUAGUCGUGACAUGUUGUUUACGUAUGUAUAUGCAGGUUGGGAGGGAACAUGCAAUGACUCUCGAGUAUUUUUAGAUGCAAUUACAAGAAGCGAAAAUGGGUUGCCCAUGCCUCCUAUCGGUUAUUACUAUGUUGUUGAUGCCGGCUAUCCAAAUGUUCCGGGCUUUUUAGCCCCAUACCAUCGAGAGAGUUAUGAUUUAAAUGAUUUUUGAGGCUGAGGACGAAUACGCAAUAAGCAAGCUUUAUUUAACUACAGACACUCGUCCUUGCGUAAUGUGAUCGAGAGGUGUUUCGGAGUACUAAAGGAAAGAAUUCCUAUUUUAGACAUAUCACAUGGUUACCCAUUGAGAAAACAGAUUCAAAUUCCCAUAGCUUGUUGCGCAUUGCAUAACUUCAUUCGCAUGCAAGAUAGGAACGACCGUUUGUUCUUGGAGUACGAGGAAGAGGAUAUGAUUUUUCACACGGAGGCAAGUACAAGUGAAAAUGGAUCACUUGAAUUUGAUAUGUCUCAAUAACAACAAAUGCACGAAAUUCGAGAAAGUAUUACAAAUCCAAUAUGAGAUGAUUAUAAUGUAUGAGAUGUCGAAGUACGACUAUUGUUUUGAUUAACAUAAUGUCACUUAUUGAACUUUCAGUGUUGGGGAACAUUUAUGUUAAUUUUUUGUGUUAUUCCAAAUGUUUGUAAUAGUGCAUUUCU